AUGGAUGAUGGAACAAUUAAUGAAAUUCAAGUAGGUAUGGGACCAUGUGGAGAAACAAGGUAUCCAUCAUAUCCACUUUCAAGAUGGAGUUAUUGUGGAGUAGGAGAAUUCCAAUGUAAUGAUGGUAAAUCAAAAGAAUUACUUAAAAAAGCAGCAACAGCUAAAGGACAUUCAGAAUGGGGAAAUGGAUCACCAUCAAAUGCAGGAAAUUAUAAUUCUAAACCACCAUCAUCAACAGGAUUCUUUGGAAAUGGAUUUGAUAAUUAUCAAAGUGAAUAUGGAAGAUUCUUCCAAGAAUGGUAUUUUGACCUGUUAUUAAGUCACACAGAUAAAGUUCUUUCAGCAGCAAGAAAUGUAUUUGGAAAUACACUUGCACUUGCAGGUAAAAUAUCAGGAGUUCAUUGGUGGUAUAAUGAUCAAUCACAUGCAGCAGAAAUGACAGCUGGAUAUUAUAACUCAAAUGGAAAUGAUGCAUACAAAACACUUUCUAAUACAUUCAAAAAUAAUAAUGUUAGAUUUGAUUUUACAUGUCUUGAAAUGAGUGGAACUGAUGGAAGUUGUGGAUCAUCACCAGCUAAUUUAGUUGAUCAAGCAUUUAAUGCAGCAGGAACAGUUGGAAUUGGAAAAUGUGGAGAAAAUGCACUUGAAUUAUGUGGAUAUGGAGGAUGUAACACUAAUGGAUUUAAUCAAAUCAUCAAUAAAUGUAAACAACAUGGAUUAACAGCAUUCACAUAUUUGAGAAUGACAAGAGGACUUCUUGAUGAUGGAAAUGCAUGGGGACAAUUCACUAAUUUUGUUAGUAGAAUGAGAUAA